UCUUUUUCUUGGUAGUUUACCAACACUAGCCUUCGAUGGGCGUAAAAACUCAUUGAUAAAAACAAAAUCGCUUAAAAUUAUAAGUUUGGGGGGAGGGACAAGGACCGAAAGAACUGGGAGCAUGUCGGAGCUGAAGGCGCCGUCGCUGCAAUCGCUGCUGGAAUCGGAGCGCGGAUCCACGGACAGUUUGCUGGCCGAAUCCCUGCAGCUGGACUUUGAGGAUCUGGACGAUGCCGAGUUUGCCAUUCCGCCCACCAUUCUGCCCACUUUGGAGGCGGUGCUCAGUGAAUUCGAUGCGGACUCCGAUGUGGCCUCCGAAUUGGGAAUGCCGGUGCCACAUGCCACGCCUACGCCCUCGAUUGGUGAGGAUGCCACAAUAAGAACGGAUGGCCGGGGAGGCGGUGGUUCCAUUAUGAGAUAUACCCUCCUCCAUGGCGUUUCCGGUCAGCUCUCGUCCGCCGCGGAUCGUGUUAAUGCCGGAGCUGCGAGUUCGUGUGCCGUGGCCGCUUUCAUAGCCAUUGGAACUUCGCACGGCCACAUCCUCAACUUCGAUGUCACCCAGACUUUGAGGUGGGCCCACCAGGACAAACAUGGCCAGGGUGCGGUGGCCAGUUUGGCCUUCAAUGCCGAUUCCACCCGGCUUUUGGCCGGUUUCUCCAGAGGAAUGGUCGCCAUGCUGGACACGCACACGGGCGAUCUGCUCCGGGAGCUGUUCGAUGUGAUAACCCCGAACACUGGUGUCCUACACGUCAAGUGGACUUCCAGAUCCUCGCUAGCUCUCUGCGCCGACGCUGGCGGUUCGGUGUGGUCGCUUAGUUUCACCCGGAAACUGGGCAUCCGGGGCUGCCAGUCCAGAUGCCUUUUCUCCGGCGCUCGCGGUGAAGUCUGCGCCGUGGAACCUCUGAUUAUGGAUGCCCAAGGGCGACAUGAACUCGAUCAGUACUGCAUUGUUGCCCUGGCCACAUUGUCCAAGUACUUUAUAGUGACAGUGCGACCAAGAUUGCGGGUCAUCAAGUACCAUGUGCUCCAGGGACCGCCGGAUUGCUUGCCCCUUCUCGCCUGGCACUUGGUCCUCAUUCAGGCGGCCGACACCACACGUUCCGUGGAUCCCGUGAUUGUGGUUGGCCGUGGCAAUCAGUUGUUCUUCCACCAACUCUUCGUUUCGAAUGGCAGGAUCACUCUGUUGUACCUUCGGCAUGUCCAGCUGCAGGGAAGUCUGUUGUCUGCCCACUGGCUGGGACCCAAGUGUGUUGCCUCGUUGGAUACGGCGGAAGUCCUUCACCUGGUGGAUGUGAGAUCGAGUAAGGAACUGGAAUGCAUGGACAUGGCCAAUGCUGGGCUGGUUUACGGCUCGGCGCAGUUCAAGGGACUGGCAACAGGUGGAAAUGUAUCACCUGCCUUCGCUUUGGCCGGCUCCAAUGCUUGCUAUAACUCGGUGGUUUCAAGAGGAACCCAACUGUAUGUCCUGGGCGCCAGAUCCCUGCAUAUUAUUGGAGUACGAACCUGGUCGGAGAGAAUUAGUUACCUGGUAAAACACCAUCGUUGGCAGGAGGCCUGCCAAUUAGCUUUGGAUGGCUACAUCGCCUCCGUGGAUCGUCCGCGAAAACGUGCCCAAGCCAAGGAGCGCAUCAUCAUGCUCUUUAAGGAGUACAUAGCCAAUUCCGCCCGCGCACCGGACUAUUGUCUCGGGGCCAUCGUCAACUGCCUUAUAACCGUGGGCGAACUCGAUCUUCUCUGGACGCAGCUGUGGGAGAAGCUGCACAACAACAGCAGCUCGGAACUUUUCCUGCAACACAUAUCCGAGCAUAUCGAGCGGGAAACGAUCCACAGUGUUAAUCCCGUGAUCUCCCAAGCUUUGGUUGAUUAUUGGCUGGAACAUUCGCCGGCCAAACUGGAGCAACUCAUAUUGAAGUUGGAUUGGAUGUGCUUGGAUCUGAAUCAAGUGCUGAAGGCUGUCAAGAAGCAUCGUUUGUACAGAGCUCAAAUCUACCUCAACACCCAGGCUUUGAACGAUUAUACGGCGGCGCUGACGGAACUGCUGCCUUUGGUGACCGCCGAGGAAACGGAUUUGGGCAACUGCCUGCUGGUCUAUGUGUCCAGUUGUCUGGCGGGAAGGGGAUAUCCCAGCGGAGAGAUUCCCGUCGAGCUGGUGCAUCAGGUCAAGCACGAUGUCCUGCGUUGUCUGACCUCGCAGCAAUCAAAAGAGAAUGCCGUCGAUGAACUGCCCUAUCCGUAUCUAAGAGCCCUCCUCAAGUUCGACACGCGGGAAACGCUGAACGUGAUAUCGCUGGCGUUUCAGGAACAAGAGUUCAGCAACGAGCUUGGCCUCUCACAUCGCAAGCGGAUUAUCAAUCUGCUGCUAGAGAUCAUGACGCCCGAGAAUGCAACGUGGGCGGAGAUUGGUUGCCUGCUGAACUUUAUUGCUCAGCAAAUUUCUAUGCAGUGCCUGCCGCGGGACAGACAGCUUUUGGAACGCGUGCUGAGCCACCUGGCGCAGGAGGAGAUUGCCCACGAAAGCAGUCGCCAGCACUCGGAGCGGGAGAAUGCCUGGCACGAGCUACUUACCUCCAACUGUCUGGCCGAGAUCAGCAGCGAUAAGGAGCAGCUGCAUUUGGCACAGCGGGCGAAGUGCUAUUGUGUGGUGGAGUAUCUGCUGGAGAAGCUGCAGCGGUACGACACCAUCCUGGAUUGUUACAUACGAAACGAAGCCAGACAUGAGACCAUGUUUGCCUAUAUGGAGCGCCAUGUGGCCACUCCGGAGAGAUGCAUUUACGGGCAGUUGAAGAGGCACUUGAGGGAGCUACUAACGAUCAAUGCCAAGGAAACAACUCGUUUGUUGGCCCUACAUUAUCCCGAAAAGAUCCAUGAUCUAUUGGAUACGCUGAGGAAGGAAGAGGCUUUACUGUAUGUGUUCCUCAAGUGCCUCAACGAACGAAGAUGCGAACUGGAUGCCACUCAAUUGGAGUUGCUACUGGAGCUGCAUUGUAAAUUGGACACGGCCCUAAAUGUGCAGGAAUUCCUUUCCGGCAACUGGGGCUAUCGCUUGGAGCAAGCCAUUGCCAUUGUAAAACGCCAUCAUCUAAACCGAUCUGUGAUUUAUCUGUACGAAAUGCAGGAGAGCUAUGCGAAAGCCUUUGAGUUGUCCAUGGAUCUGCUACAGACUCUGACAGGCGAAGAAGCAGCCCACGAGGCACAGAUCAUAGUGUCGCUUCUGGCUCGCUCUGUGGCGACUUUGCCCGCUCAGGAACUGGAGCGCUGCUGGUUUGUCCUCUUGAAAUAUAUUCUGCCCCAUCCGGAAAUGCAGUCCGUCACCAAGCACAUCCUACACGAGGCCUCGCAGCACAUUGAUCUGCAUAAUUUGGUCCAGUUGAUAAUGAAUACCCACAAUGUGUCAAGUAGCUUUGGUGAUAUUAAGGAUCUGCUGAUGGGAAUGCUGGACAGUUCUCGCCAUCAAACGGAAGCAUUACGGAAUGGUAUUGAGCUUAUGUGCCAAAAUCUGCAUCUCGAGUUCGCACGUCGAUAUCGGCAGGCGAGCCGUGGCCUCUGGGUGACGACUACCAAGUGCUCCGUGUGCCGUCAAAGGCUGUACGAUCACAGCCAGGUGCUAAUCCUGGGUGGAUGUGGUCACGGCCUGCACGACGAUUGCAUGGAGGAGGCAGAGACUCAGUUUGAAAAGUGUCCACGCUGCUUCACGGUGAUUCCGGAGCAGACACUGCGAUUGCCGCACCCUAACAAUAAUCUAAUAAGCAUUUCCUCCUCCCUGGAAAUGGGAGCAUUGCAGCUAAAGGCACCGCCCAGGCGUUUCUCGUAGUUGGAUUCCUGCUCUUUUGUAUAUUCCAUUUAUUCCUCUAUGUAUUUAUUGUACAACUCUGUGUAUUGUUUGUGUAAGUAAAGCAGUUGCAUGAUAAA